GGAUUAACUCCGACAUAUUACUGGACGACCAGGCGAUACAUAACUGGAGUAUAUACCCCCUAGAUUUCUCCAAGGACUUUAUCAAGAGGGUGAUAGAUAAUGGCACGUGGUCUUCAUUGGGCAAGAGCAACAGAACUACUCCAACUCUAUAUAGGGGACACUUUGAUAUUCCCGGUAACCUGGCGGACACUUUCCUGUGGAUGAAGGACUGGUGUAAGGGAGUUGUGGUAAUCAACGGUUUCAACCUGGGUCGGUACUGGACAAUAGGACCUACGAUGACGCUAUACCUGCCUGAGACAUUACUGAAAGCGCACCAGAACGAGAUAUUGAUAUUCGAUCAACACUGCAGUCAUACCACGGUUCAACUACGGAAAACCCCAGUGUUAUCGAAACAAACUAAUCGUAUGACAACUCGUACGAUCAACUGAUUUUUUCCUUCAUGGCAAAUAAAUAAAAACAUGAUCAGAUUAA